CGGCGGUCUCAGAAACUUCUCAAAGCUUCUGAGUCGUAUUCUUCAUCAUCCUCAUCAUCAUCAUCAUCAUUCAUCAUCAUGUCUCCAGAAAUUAUGAACCUUCCUCUGCUGUUGUCGCUGUUGUGUGUGUGUCUCGCUGCGGGCAUGGCGGUCCCCGACAACACAUUGCAGGUUGUAUCGUAUUCCGGUGCGGACUGUGAUCUUCAGUGCACGGCUAAGUCCAAGCCCGGUGUCCAGUACAGAGCUGUGAGGUGGUACAAGGUCGGAGAGCCUCCGUCCUCUCGUCUCAGCGGCCUUUUGACCAAAGACCUCCCGGACGGCCCCACGCGUUGGUACAGCGGCGUGGAGCGAGAGGUGAUGCUGCUCGGCGAGUCCCGCAACAUCAUCCUGACCAACGUGACGUGCGGUGACGCCGGACUGUACACCUGUCACCUGGCGGCGCCCGUCGGGGAGCAGAACCAGGACGGAGAGGUGCUGCUCACUCUCGCAGAUUGUGUCGACCUUCCCACGGAAAAUCUGAUGACGGACACUUACCUUGUGAUUUCCGCCACAGUGGUGCUGAUGCUGGCACUUGUGAUAUUCCUCAUAAGCUAUGGCAGUUUGAAGAAUAUGAUCAAAGAAGGAAACCGGAGAACAAUCAAAGAAACUGUGUUGAAGGCACCGCUCAAACCGCUUAACAAAGAGGACUUGAAGUUGAUCUACACUCUGGGUCCUAAAGUGUCUAAGGCACCCACGAUGAAGCAUGUCUGCGUUUGAAGACGGAAGAUCGUUCUGGAAAACUGCCGAAGAAAGACCGGUUGACCUGGAAGACCACCCCACACAAAUAGCUUCUUUUUUUUAGCGUAAAAGAAUCAACAUCUUUACGUUACAACAUCUAUAACUUGUCCUCAGUUACGGCCGUUGUGAUUAAACGUAUGAAUUAGUGACAUUUCUGAAAAAAUCUUCUAAAAUCCAGUUUGGACAGCAUGAGCAAGAGGACCAUCACGUUUUAACCUACAAAUUCACCUGCAGAAUGAGAGUGGAACGCUAAAGGAUAAUCCCUCCAAUAAGCGUCAGACCAAUCGGUAUUAUUGGACAACUUUUAAUCGCAAUCACUCACUAAUUAAAUGACCCCCACCCCCCCCCCUCCCCUACUUUUAAAAUCCUCCAGCCGAAGACAAGGACUACCUCAUAGAAAACUCUUAAGAAGCUAAAAUAAAUGUGGGCACAGAGCGGGAUCUUCGUCCCCCGAGAGGCCAGACAUGUGAUACUGGACUGGGGCAGCUGGUCAGCGGGGCUGCUGUGGCUCAGGAGGUGGACCAGGUAACAGCAGGUUGGGGGUUCGAUCCCUGGCCCCUCCUGUCCACGCGUGGAAGUGUCCCUGGACAAAACACUGAACCCCAAAUUGCUCACAGCACUUUGUAGUGUGUGUGUGUGUGUGUGUGUGUGUGUGUGUGUGUGUGUGUGUGUGUGUGUGUGUGUGUGUGUGUGUGUGUGUGUGUGUGUGUGGGUACUGAUAAUGACAGAGUAGUUUGGUAUAAAAGGCUGCAGGAAGACUCAGCUCGAUUUGUGCCAGUUCUCAUUAAUAUUCAACGAGCUUAGCUGUUUGAAUCUGAUUGG